AUGCAGAACUGUGUCUGGAUCUCUAACCUAGAAAAAACAGACAUCGUACCUUCUGAUGAGCAUUUUCCUCUUGUGAGUCCCGAGGAAGACAAGGAAAUCCGCUGUAACAAAACUGACAUUGAGACAAAAACAGCUUACGGUCUGGACAAUGAACUCCUCACAAAAUUCUCAAAGUGGAACAAACUUGUAGCAGUGGUUGCUAAAGUUUUUGGAUAUAUUCAGAAGUGUCGUAAAGACUCUAAACCUUUGUCAAAAAACAGUCCUAUUCAAAAACUAGACCCGUACAUUGACAGUGAAGGCAUUUUACGUGUUGGUGGUCGUUUGCGAAACCUCAGUGCUUAUGCUUCAUUCAAGAACCCGAUGUUUCUACCUGCGAGACAUUAUGUGACUACUCUUAUCGUCAGAAAACUUCACUCAGAUGUCAAACACCAAGGACAUCAUAUCACAGAAGGUCAUAUUCGUUCAUCUGGAUUUUUGAUUGUCGGAUGUAAAAGACUUGUGUCAUCUGUCCUUCAUAAGUGCGUCACUUGCAGGAAGCUUAGAAAAGUACCAGAAUACCAGAAAAUGUCUAACUUACCGGAGAAUCGUCUCAUACCAGGACAACCACCCUUCUCUAAUGUUGGAGUUGACAUUUUUGGUCCGUGGAACAUUAUCACACGACGUACCAGAGGUGGCGCAGCAAACAAUAAAAGAUCGGCUGCUCUGUUCACUUGCCUCGUUACCAGGGCUGUACAUAUCGAAGUCGUAGAGGAAAUGACGUCGUCUUCAUUUAUUAAUGCGCUCCGUCGAUUUAUCGCCAUACGUGGGCCUGUUCACGUCUUUCGAUCUGACAGAGGUACAAAUUUCAUUGGCGCUGCUAAGGAGUUAAAGGUCAAUGUGAUAAAUGUAGAGGAUGAACAUCUUCACAACUUUCUCAACGAGCAGAGAACGACGUGGAUCUUCAACCCUCCCCACUCUUCUCACAUGGGAGGAGUGUGGGAACGUAUGAUAGGGAUCACCAGACGUAUAUUGGAUGCUAUUCUACUCGACUACGGAUCUAGGAGUUUAACUCAUGAGGUGCUCACUACAUUCCUAGCAGAAGCUUCAUCCAUAAUCAACUCCAGACCCCUUGUGUCGGUAUCUACAGACCCUGAGAAUUCAUUUGUGAAUGGUGAACCAAAAACGUUACAGAACUUAUUGUUCUUGUGGAACAGUGAACAUUUCUGUCAUUCAGUGCGGUAG